ACAAUGGCGCAAGACGAUGUAGUGAUCACCGGUUUAUCCGGCUACUUUCCGCAAGCGGACCACCUCGUCGAGUUCAAGGAGAAGCUUUACGCAGGGGUCGACAUGGUCACCGAGGAUGACCUGCGCUGGCCUCCCGGGCAUCUGGGCUUGCCCGGACGACAUGGCAAGAUCCGUGACCUGUCCCGCUUCGACGCCCAGUUCUUCCACGCGCACGCGAAGCAGGCCCACGUGAUGGACCCGCAAGUUCGCCUCCUGCUGGAGACUUCGUACGAGGCCAUCGUCGAUGCGGGCUACGACCCGGACACCCUGCGCGGUCGGAACAUCGGCGUCUUCGUCGGCGCCACGGCCUCCGAGUCAAGCGACGCGUUCAAGAUGGACCCGAAGAAGCUGGACGGGUACGCCAUGCUCGGAGGGUGCCGGGCCUUGUUCUCCAACAGGAUCUCCUACUCGUUCGACUUUCACGGUCCGAGUCUCACCGUCGACACGGCCUGCUCGUCGGCGAUGACCGCCUUGCACGAGGCCGUGCUGGCGCUGCGUUCCGGUCGCUGCGAGGCGGCCCUCGUGGCGGCAAGCAACGUCACGCUGGAGCCGACGGCUUCGGUCAACUUCAACAACUUGACCAUGCUGUCGGCGGAAGGGAAGUGCAAGGCCUUUGACGCUGAAGGCAACGGAUACGUUCGCAGCGAAGCCGUGGGUGCCUUCUUUCUGCAACGGUCGUCCGAGGCUCGACGCAUUUACGCCAAGGUCGUCAACGUCAGGGUUAACGCGGACGGUUACAAACCGGAAGGCGUCACCUUUCCCUCCACCGAGUUUCAAGAGCGCCUUCUGCGAGAUACGUAUGCCGAGGUCGACAUCGACCCGAGGCGUGUCGUCUACGUCGAAGCUCACGGCACGGGAACAAAGGCCGGAGAUCCCCAGGAGUUGCGCGCCCUCAGUGCCGCCAUGUGUCAGCCGGGACGCGAGCAGCCACUCAAGGUCGGUUCCGUCAAGAGCAACAUGGGCCACGCAGAGUGCGCCUCAGGAAUCGCUUCUGUAGCCAAAGUGAUCCUGGCCAUGGAGACUGGCACCAUCGCGGCCAACCUGCACUACAGGGAGCCGAGGCCGGACAUCCCGUCUCUGCACGACGGCAGCAUCGCGGUGGUGGACAAGCCAACGCCCUUUCCGGGUGGCCUGGUCGGCAUCGAUUCGCUCGGAAUCGGUGGUGCCAACGUGCACGCUAUCCUAGAGUCCAAUGAAAGUCCGCAUGUAGACAGUGUUCGGCGGGAGAAGCCCGAACUGCCGAGACUCGUACUUAUGGCUGGAAGGAACAAGGACGGCCUACUACGCACGCUGGAGCGAUUGGAAGCCGAAGGACCGUAUCCGGACUCCGGGUACGCCCUCCUGAACCGCGUCGGACAACCGAACGUGAGGCAGUUCCCUUUGCGGGGCUACGCCGUGGUUCCCGUCGUCGAAAACCCGGAUGUCGUCGCGGAGGUCGUCAAAGUCGUCCACCAGGCGCCGCCAUUGAAGCGACCCCUGUGGUUCGCCUUCACCGGCAUGGGCUGCCAAUGGAACGGCAUGGCGCGCCAGAUGAUGCACUUCGAGCUGUUCGCCCGCUCCAUCCGCAAGUUGCACGACUUGCUGCUCGAAGAAAUCGGCGUGGAUCUGAUCGACCUCGUGACGAGUGACGAACCCCGAAACCCGACCAUGGUCUCGCCGUUCGUCGCCAUUGCGGCGAUACAGGUGGCGCUAGUGGACAUGCUCCGAGCCAUGGGGCUCCAGCCAGACGGCAUCGUGGGCCACUCGGUAGGAGAGGUUGGCUGUGCUUAUGCCGAUGGAGGGCUGAGAGCCGAGCAGGCCGUGCUUUGCUCUUACUGGCGUGGACGCUGCACCGAGCUGGGAAACUUGCCGAGGGGUUCCAUGGCGGCUGUGGGGCUGACGUGGGCGGAGGCUGCGAGGCGUUGUCCCCCGGGCGUGUACCUCGCGUGUCACAACGCCGAGGACUCCGUGACGGUGUCCGGACCCGCCGAGGCCGUCGCCAAGAUGGUCGCUGAGCUCAAGGCUGAGAACGUGUUCUCACGCGAGGUGAACAGCCUAGACGUCGCCUUCCACAGCCCGCACAUCGACCACGUCGGCCCGGCGCUGCACGACGCCCUGCGCAAGAUUAUUCCCGAGCCCAAGCCCCGCAGCGAGCGUUGGAUCAGCUCGUCAGUGCCGGAGAGCCGCUGGAAGGAACCCAGCUCACAGCAGUGCUCUGCCGAGUACCACACCAACAACUUCCUCACGCCCGUGCUCUUUCGGGAGGCCCUGACCCACGUGCCGGAAGACGCCAUCGUGGUCGAGAUUGGACCACACUGCCUGCUGCAGGCGAUCUUGCGUCGUGCUCUGGGUCCUCACGCCACCAGUCUGGGCCUGAUGAAGCGACACGUUGACAACCUGGCUUUCUUCCUCAACUCGCUGGGACGACUGCACACCCUGGGAGUGCAGAUGGAUCUGUCGCCUCUCUACCCGCCGGUUCCGUGGCCCGUGCCGCGUGGCACGCCCAACAUCGCCCACCUGGUCAGCUGGGACCACACGCAGAGCUGGACGGUGGCUGGGUGGAAGGACUUCCCCACGGCGGCAAUGGCGCUGGAAGAGAUAGUCGAAGUCGACUUGGAGACCAACAGCGGCGACCAGUAUUUGAGCGGCCAUCGGCCGGACGGACGUGUGUUGUACCCGGCUACAGGUUACUUGGUCCUCGCCUGGAGAUCCCUGGCCAGGCGUCUCGAGAAGCGCUUGCACCAGGUUCCCGUUAUCUUCGAGGACGUCACCCUGUGUCGAGCCACCAUCCUGCCAAAGUCUGGAUCCGUACGCUUCCAAGUGAUCACGAUGCCAGUGUCUGGCGAAUUCGAAGUGUGUGAGGCUGGCGCUGUGGUAGCGAAGGGUCGCAUCCGUGCGGCCGAAGAAGGCGAGAAGCUGCUCACUAGGGACCCACCUGGGACACCCCUCGAGGAGGUCGACUACGACCUGGACACUGCGGACGUGUACAAGGAACUUAGGCUUCGGGGCUACGAGUACUACGGUGCCUUCCAGGGCAUCCUUAAAGCCGAUAUCAACAAGCCGCACGGGAAGCUCAGGUGGGAGGACAACUGGGUGACCUUCAUCGACUCACUGCUUCAAAUGUGCAUACUGGCUGAGCCACUGAGGACCUUUAUGCUGCCGGUGAGGUUACAGUCGUGCACGAUUGAUCCCGGAGUUCACUCUAAGGUCGUGGACAAAGUCGGAGACUCCGGUGUGGACGCCGUCUACUGUCCGUGCCUGAACACCUUCCGCGCCGGCGGCGUCGAAAUACGAGGCCUGGACGCCACCGUCGCUCAGCGGCGCCCCGUGCGGCAAGCGCCGGUACUCGAGGAGUACCUCUUCGUGCCUUACGAAGACGACGACGACGCGAGGCUUGAGCGAGAACAAGACGUACUAGAGUACGUCGAGGUGUGUUGCGGGGUCGCCCGACGCUUGCUGGAGUCCAGUGGCGAGUGCAAGGCUCGCGUGAACGAGAUCAUGAAUGGCUACCGCGCCGUCUCUGCGGAGCUGCUCGACAAGUACACCGAGAACCUUGCCGAAAACCAUGGCCUUCUGCAGGUUCUGGUCACCGUUCUAAAGCAGCGCAACGAUUUUGGCUCGCUGGCUUGUGCGGUCCAGUCAGCGUUGCUCGCUUCCAAGGAGCUGAUUGAGAGGGACUUUCUGAGUACGAGCCUUCUAGGAGAAGAACCCAUGCGACACCUUCUGGAUGUGGUGCUUGAGAACACGAGCUUCAAGAAGGUUAAGAUCCUUGAGUUGGCCACUGAAGGAAGCACCUCCCUCCUGGCGCCUUGGGUGUCUUCUCUGUUAUUUCUCUACAACGUGAUCUUGAAGGCUGACUAUACUGUUGCUCACCCUAACGCGGACACUUUAGCCCAGGACCAAUUGCCGGAAGGUGUCACCAAACUCCAAUGGGACACUACUUCCGUCACGGAAGGAACGUUGCCCGAAGCCGAUUUGGUCGUCGCGGCUUGCGGUGCCACGGCCAAUGUCGACGGACUGGACACAUUGGCCCAGACGGCGUUCUGUCAGUGCAAGGAACACGGCUUUGUUCUAAUCUGUCAUCGCUCGGCGCUGACCGCAGCCGAAGUGUUCCUUUCGACGGUGGGCGGUGUUCCGCUCCGUGUUCACUCCGAAGAGUCAGUGAGGUCGGCGCUUGAAGCUCGCGGUUUGCUAUUGGUGGGGCUCAAGUCGAACAACCUGUCGUCCUUGCUGUUGUUCAGGAAACGGACCACCGCCUUGGACGUCACUAAGCAGGAGGUGGUUAGGGUUAGAAAUGUGGCUUUCGACUGGGUGGAGACUCUCAAGGAGAAGGUGAUCGAGUACGACGGUAGGCCGCUAGGAGAAAACGUCUGGUUGCUCGCCGAAGACGUCGGCGUCAGCGGCAUAGUGGGUCUGACCAACUGUCUCCGGCAGGAGACUGGAGGACGUCACGUCAGGUGCGUAUUCGACGCUAGCCAGAAGGAGUCAAGCCGCGUCUCCGACUUCAGCCCCGGCAACGAGGCGUACAAGCAGCUCAUGGAACGGGACCUAGUCAUGAACAUAUACCGCGACGGACAUUGGGGGUCGUACAGACAUCGGUCCACGAAGUGGAACGGAGUAGUGACGAAGGAGACCCCGUACGCCUUCCUCGGCGUUCGGGCUCCCGGUGACCUGUCGAGCCUGCAGUGGUGCGAGUCUCCGCUGGGCUACGCGCCUCCUGGCGGCAAGUCUGGCUCAAGCGGUACCGUAUGCGACGUCUACUACGCUGCCCUCAACUUUCACGACGUCCUGCUGGCCACUGGGAAAGUCCAGGUGGAGCCCAGGCAUGGGAGCCCAGCAACUCGAGACAGCAUCCUGGGCAUCGAGUUCUCGGGACGUGACCCCCAGGGUCUACGAGUCAUGGGCCUCGUGACCGGCGACGCCCUGGCAACCGCGGUCACCGAUGUGGACAUGAUCUGGGAGGUCCCCGACUCUUGGACGCUGGAAGAGGCCGCCACGGUUCCCGCCGUGUACACGACCGCCUACUACGCGCUUCUGGUACGCGGCAACAUGCGACCUGGCGAGUCCAUCCUGGUCCACUCGGGCAGCGGAGGAGUCGGCCAGGCGGCCAUCUCCAUCGCCUUGUCCAUGGGUUGUACCGUCUACACGACCGUUGGGAAUGAACAGAAGCGCGAAUACCUGAAGCGUCGGUUCCCCCAACUGGAAGACCGACACUUCGCCAACUCUCGCGACGUGUCCUUUGAAGAACACGUCCGGCUUCAGACCAAAGGACGGGGUGUGGACCUCGUCCUGAACUCCUUGGCCGAGGACAAGCUCCAGGCUAGCGUCCGGUGUCUGGCACCCCACGGACGAUUCCUGGAGAUCGGCAAGUUUGACCUGUACGAGAACUCCGCGCUGGGCAUGUCGGUGUUUCUAAAGGACGUCGCCUUCCACGGCAUCAUGCUGGACAGCCUGACGGAAGACGACCCGUCCGCGAUAGAAUACAGGGGCCGCGUCGUCGAUCUCAUCCUUCAGGGCAUCGCUUCGGGUGUCGUUCGACCGCUGGAUGCCAUCCGCUUCACGAGGGACCACGUCGAGGAUGCCUUCAGGUUUAUGGCGUCGGGGAAGCACGUGGGCAAAGUUGUGAUCCAGAUCCGGCCCGAAGAAACGGAGUCCGUCUCGACGCCGGCCUCGCCACUACCGCUGGAGGUCGUGGCGCGGCCCUACUUCUACGCUCACAAGUCUUACGUGAUCGUUGGAGGACUUGGCGGCUUCGGUCUCGAGCUGGCCGAGUGGAUGGUGACCGGUCGCGGAUGUCGCAAGCUUCUCCUGACGUCGAGGACCGGAGUCCGAACCGGGUACCAGCGGCUAUGCCUACAGCGGUGGCGUCGCGUCGCCGACGUACUCGUCAGCACCGCCGAUGUCUCGACAAAGGAAGGAGCGCGUCGAAUCGUUGAGGAAGCCGCAGCAAUGGGUCCUGUCGGCGGAAUCUUCAACUUGGCCAUGGUACUUCAAGACGCCCUCAUCGAGAACCAAUCAGCGCAGACCUACGAGGCGGUGUGCAAACCCAAAAUUCUCGGCACGCAACGCCUGGACGAGGCGUCCCGUACGCUGUGUCCCGAACUCGAUCACUUCGUCGUCUUCUCGUCGCUCGCUUGCGGUCGUGGCAACGCCGGCCAGACAAACUACGGGUACGCCAACUCCGUGAUGGAGCGUGUCUGCGAGCGCCGCGUGGCGGAUGGACUACCAGGCCUGGCCAUUCAGUGGGGUGCCAUAGGCGACGUAGGCGUUGUCCACGACAUCAUGGGCAAUGACGUGGUCGUCGGCGGAUCCGUGGCCCAACGAAUCACCUCCUGCAUGGAAGUGAUGGACUGCUUCCUCAGCCAGAAGCACCCGGUCGUCUCGAGUUUUGUCAAGGAUGACUCGUCCUCCCUGAACGACCACACGGGCAAGCAAGACCUUCUACUGAGCGCCGCUCACGUACUAGGCAUCAAGGACCCUUCGAGUCUGAACCCGAACAUCAGCCUCGGUGAGCUGGGCAUCGAUUCGCUCAUGAGCGUCGAGUUGAGGCAGCUCUUGGAGCGGGACUACGACCUCACGCUGUCCAUGCAAGAGAUACGGCAACUCACCGUCUCCCGCUUGCGAGACAUAAGCGAAGGGAAGGUUGAAGGAUUCGCCACAUCACCCGGAAACGUUGCCGACCCUGGCGGUGAGAAAGGUAACGCACCAGGCGUGGUGGCCCGGUCGAAGCUCAUUGAAAACGUGAUACCGGACCGCGUUAUUGUCGAGAUGAACGGCAUAGAUGGGCCGACGCCGCUCUUCAUCAUGCAUCCCAUCGAGGGUCACGUGGGGUUGCUGUCCGAGCUGGCAGCACGCAUGCGCGUGCGUGCCGUUGGUGUUCAGUGGACGCCCGAGGUCACCACUCACAGCAUCGAGAAGAUGGCUGCCGUCUACGUGCAGAGGCUUCGCGAGGUGCAGCCGGUAGGGCCGUACCACCUGGCAGGAUACUCCUUCGGCGGCAUGGUGGCCUUCGAAGUAGCCGUACAAAUACAGGCGUCCGGCGAAUCCGUUGGCAGCCUGAUAUUCCUAGACGGAGCACCUCGUUUUCUGGACCUGUACACCGCACAGCGGAGGCAUCGCUCGGAUAUCAGCAGGGAGGAACACGAGACGAACAUCCUGGUUCGGUUUGUCUGCUUGUACCUGGACCUCGACGUUUUUCAAAUAAGGCAUCAGCUGAGCGAGCACUCCAGCUUCGAGGCCAAGCAGGAAGCCGCCAUCGACAUUCUCCUCAACGCCUGCAGCCACGACGAGGUGCAACCUUCCCGUGACGCCCUGGGCGCCGCCAUGCGACUCUUCUACGAGUUUAGUCGGGCAGGCAGCCUCUACCGUCCCCAGAGCAAGUACCGCGGUGACGUGCUACUCGUUAAGCCAAGCCUGCUGCCCAAAAUGGCACCGGACCUGCCGUACGACUACGGUCUGUCGGAGUGCUGCGAAGGCAAUGUCGAGGUCAUCGUCGUGGACGGUGCUCACGAAGACUUCAUACUUGGACAAGGCGCGCAGAAAUGCGCAGACAUUAUAUGCCGCCAACUGCAGAGGUAGCGAGGAGCAUC